AUGUAUCGGCAAGCAAGAAUCACUGAAGCCAAGCAGGAAAUCGAGGCCAUGUUCGAAGGCUUAGAUGACGGCGAUGCAGCUGAUCUGGUUAAGAUCUGCCAGAAUGCAAUCGAGACUAUCGAGAUGAGAUGUGCAAAGAAACUCCAAGUCUUCAAAGAAUUCUACAAGCCCCUCUCUGUCAGCGAUACCGAUGACAACAGCUCUGUUAAAAUCACGCAGAAGAUCACCGACAAGUACUUUCAGCUUUACCAGACACUCCCCGCUUUGGAGAAAUUGCGAGAUUUGGAUCGGACGAGGAAAGACACAAAGGAUGAGUUGAACUUUCAAGUAAUGAUUGCUGAACGAAAGGAACAUCUCGAAGACUUGAAGAACGAAAAUUAG